AUGCCUAUUAAAGUUCCAUUACAACAAGUUAACUUUGAGCUAGGGGAAUCAUUUCAUUUGGCCUACACAAGAUUUCUUAACUUAGAAAAAAGACUACAUAUGGAUCCAACUCUUUUCUAUCAGUAUAAAAAUUUUAUUGAUCAAUAUGUAGAACUAAAUCAUGGUGAAUACUGCGAUAUAAAUAGCUAUGAUAUGUCUAAAGACCCAGUUUAUUUUCUACCACACCAUGCAGUAAUUAAACAAAAUGCUGUCACCACCAAACUUAGAGCUGUCUUUGAUGGAUCGAUGCAAACUAAUAAAAAAAUAUCUUUGAAUGAUAUUUUACUCAACGGUCCAGUGGUGCAAAAGGAUCUUUUUGAUAUACUUAUUGCAUUCAGACUAGAAAGUUAUUUCUUUAUCUGCGAUAUAAAAAAGAUGUUUAGGUGUAUUGAUUUGGAUCCAUCUUAUAGGCCACUACAAAACAUUUUAUGGAGCGAAUCUCCCGAACAAGAUAUUAGAUGUAUACAACUUAAGACUGUCAUUUAUGGGCUAAAAUCAUCAUCAUACCUAGCCACUCGUUGUUUGAUAGAGCUCGCUGCCAGGUAUAAAGAUCAGUUUCCACUAGCAUCUUCAAUUUUAGAAAACAAUACAUAUGUAGAUGACAUAUUGGCAAACAGCUGUUCAGAAGAACAACUGCUCCGUAUGCAAACUGAAUUAAUUCAAUUACUUUCCCUAGGAGGGUUCGAACUCCACAAGUGGGCAUCCAACUGCAAUUCAGUCCUUAAAAAUGUUAAUAAAAAUUGUCAAAACUUAAAUGAACUAGACCUGCAAAAGCAUGAAAUUUAUGUAAAAACAUUAGGUAUCACAUUUGAUAUUGAAAAAGAUGUUUUCAAAAGUACAUGCCCCGAUUCAUAUAUUAGUCGAAAUGACUCGAAACGUGAUAUACUUAGUUACAUAAGUAAGUUCUAUGACCCAUUAGGACUUAUUGGGCCAAUAUUUGUACAUGCAAAAGUAAUUAUGCAAAAGUUGUGGGCUACUAAUACUGGUUGGGACUCUACUCCCCCAGAUGACAUACGACAUACUUGGGUCAAUUUUACUAAGAGCUUGACACAGAUGGAGCCACUUAGCAUUACUCGUUGUGUUAAAUUAUCCAAUUCCAUCACCACACAGCUGAUAGGUUUCGCUGAUGCCUCCUCCGUGGCUUACGGGUGCUGCUUAUACUUAAGAUCUAUUGACGCUCAAGAUAAUGUACUCGUACAGCUACUAUGUUCAAAGUCAAGGAUUAAUCCACUCCGAAAAAAGCUAACAAUACCUAGGCUAGAGUUGAACGCAGCGCUAUUACUUGCUAAGCUAUGUAAAAAAGUACUCAAUACUCUUAGUAACAAAAUAAAUAUUAAUAAAACUUACCUCUUCUCUGACUCUCAGAUAGCUUUGGCGUGGCUGAGAACCGAUGACGCAAAGUUACAAACCUAUGUUGCAAAUAGAGUCAGAGCAAUAAGGGAGCUCUCAGAGAACUGCCAUUGGCAAUAUGUAAAUACUGAGGACAAUCCUUCUGAUUGCCUUAGCAGAGGUCUUCAGCCCCAUGAGCUUAAGGAACACAAUUUGUGGUGGCAUGGCCCACCCUUCUUACAAAACAAAAGUCAUACCUUUCAAUCAUCAGCUGUGUUAGCAGUGCCAACACAAUUGUCUGACUUAAAGACCGAUAAUACCAUUUUGUGUGCCGCCGCUACCACAACUGAUUCCAGUAUAUUUGAAAGAUUAAAAAAGUUUUCUAGUAUAAACAAAAUGACUCGUGUGCUUGCAUAUGUAAUAAGAUUUUGCAAAAAUAUCAAACCGCAAGCCAAUAAGCAACAAGGCUUCUUAAAGGCCUUUGAACUUAAUAGAUCACUGAUGAUGAUAGUUAAACAUGAACAAGAGCAAUAUUUUUCAACUGAAAUUAAAUCUCUUAAGUCUCAAAAAGAGCUAACAGGUAAUUUAAAGGCAUUGACUCCUUUUCUAGAUGCGAAUGGUUUGAUGCGAAUUGAAGGCUGUCGCUACAACUCAACUAAUGGGUUCCUUGCCUACGCAUCGAGUCCAUGCAUGCCGCCCGUUUCAGAAGAGCUCGCUCCCGAUCUAACAACUGAUACAUUCCUCGCUUGUUUCAAACGCUUUAUCGCGAGACGAAACCUGCCCAGUGAUGUACACUGCGAUAAUGGGUCUACCUUUAAGGGGGCAAGGAACCAAUUGGAUGAAUUGUACCGAUUGCAAAAUUCUCAGAGUCAUCAAUAUCAAGUGCAAUCUUUCGCAUCGGUGCGAGCGUUCCUGCACACGAUGCCGUCACCGCGCCGUCGCCGCGCCGACGCCGCGCAAUUACACUGUAGAUACGAGUCGCGCGAAGCCCGCCACCGCGUCGCCGCCGCGCCGCCACCGCGCGCGUUCCCCUCCCUCCUUGUUUGUUUGAUUCAUUCCAUUACCGGCCGCGUCGUGCACGUGCGUGAACUUGUUAAUUAA